UAAACUUACGGUGGCUGCCUCUAUUUACCCCUCUUCUCCCUUCUUCUCCUUUUCUCUGCCCUCUCCUCCCCGAAGCUCUCCCAUCUUCGUCUCCUUCUGUUAUGAACCUCAUCGUUUCGCAUCACCUUCGUAACAAUCUUCAAGAGAUAUUCCCUUUCUCCCCGUCUCUGUUGAACCCAUCUCCGUCAAAAGAUUAAUUUGGAUCUGGAACCCACUCGAACCCACUUGAUCUAGCGAAAGAUCAAGAGAAAGCGUGGCAGCUGAAGGAAGCGUAGUGGCUCAUGAUAAUCCAACGAGUUGCUCAAGAGCGAGAGGUCCUUUCUAACUGUUCAUCAGCCAGACUUAAAGUCUCUCCACAUCAGCUUCUUUUAUAAGAGGGAGGCGCAUAGAAAGAUAAAUUUAUUUCAAAUCGAAGCACAGAAAGACAUAAAAGGAGGUAGGCCAUGGCUUUGCAUGGAAAGCUUUUGCAACAAGUAGUGCUGCUACUGCUAAUUGCUGGGGUCCUAGUUUUAGCAGCAUCUCAACCCAAUAAUCCGAGCUGCAACCGCACAUGCGGAUCUUUUAAUAUCCCCUACCCAUUUGGCACAGGCGAGGGCUGCUACCUUGAUCCAUCUUUUCUCAUUAUCUGUAACCACUCUUUCCAGCCCCCAAAACCAUUUCUGGGCGUUGACAAUAUAGAUGUCCUCAACAUCUCUCUUGAUGAUGGUGAGCUUCGAGUCUCAAACUUGGUAUUCCGUCUUUGCAAAUAUAAUAAUUAUCCGUAUCAAGAUGAUGGGCCUAGUCUCCGCCGGCGCUUCUCUACCUUGCUCAACUUGCCGAGUUUUCGCAUCUCACCUGAGAAGAACAGUAUCUCUGCCGUCGGUUGUAGCUUUUUUGCCUCCAUAAGUGGCUCGCAGGGACAACAAUCAACGUUCAUGGCCGGAUGCGUAUCAUUCUGUGACAACGGUACCACUUUGGUUAACGGCUCUUGCUCCGGCCUUGGCUGUUGCCAUUCUGCUAUCCCCAAAGGAGCAACGAACUAUAAUUUGAAUUUUGAGAGCAUUUCCAUUAAUGGAACCAUGUAUAACGAAUCGUGUGGUUUCAGUUUCAUUGGGGAAACAGAGGCAUACAACUUUUCCACCUUGGAUUUUGAAAAUUUAACAAACAGGAAGACUAUACCCCUGGUGCUUGAUUGGGCAAUUGGAAAUAAGACGUGCAAAGAUGCUCGGGAAAAUAUGAGAAGCUAUUUAUGCAACGCAACGUAUAGUAAUUGUAUCGAAUCCAGCAAAGGUAUUGGGUAUAUUUGCAAGUGCACCCCAGGUUAUCAAGGGAACCCAUACCUUCCUGAUGGGCAUGAUGACAGUUGCCAAGAUAUUGAUGAGUGCAAAGAUAGUCCGAAUCCCUGCAAUGCUACUGCAACAUGUACCAACACUAACGGGAGCUACAAAUGUACUACUCGUGGAAAACUCAGUCAAUCCAUGAGCAUCAUUAUUGCCCUGGGUGUCAGCUUGAUAAGCCUCUUGAUCCUGGUUGUGGGAAGUUCAUGGGUAUAUUCAGUAAGGCAAAGAAAAAAGCAAAUAAAACUGAAACAGAAGUUCUUCCAACAAAAUGGUGGCCUAAUCUUACGACAACAACUCUUGAGUCACAAAGAAUCUGUUGAGCCAACCAAAAUCUUUAGCGCAGAAGAGCUUGAAAAGGCCACUAACAACUAUGAUAAAAGUAGAGUCCUAGGUCAUGGAGGCUUUGGAACUGUUUAUAAAGGAGUUUUAUCAGAUGAUAAAGUGGUUGCCAUUAAGAAAUCCAAUGUUGUUGAUGAGAGCCAGAUAGAGCAAUUUAUAAAUGAAGUGCUUGUGCUUACUAAAACUAACCAUAAGAAUGUGGUUAAGUUAAUAGGUUGUUGCCUUGAGACUGAAGUACCCUUACUAGUAUAUGAAUUCAUCACAAAUGGGACACUUUAUGACCACAUUCAUGAUAAAAACCUAUCAUCCUCGCUCUCAUGGGAAAAGCGUAUAAAGAUAGCAUCAGAAACUGCGGGAGCCCUAGCAUACAUAUAUUUUGAGACUUCUAUGUCAAUUAUACAUAGAGAUGUGAAAACUACAAAUAUACUUCUGGAUGAUAAACACACAGCAAAAGUGUCUGACUUUGGAGCUUCAAGAUUGGUUCCUCUUGACCACACACAAUUAACAACUGUGGUGUUGGGAACUUUGGGGUACCUAGACCCAGAAUACUUCCAUACUAGCCAAUUAACUGAAAAAAGUGAUGUCUAUAGUUUUGGUGUUGUCAUGGCAGAGCUACUAACAGGUGAGAAGGCGGUUUCCAUGUUUAGGCCUGAAAGUGAAAGAAAUCUUGCGAUGUAUUUUGAAACUGCAAUGAAAGAGGAUCGCCUACUUCAAAUUAUUGAUGAUCGCAUUCUCAAUGAAGGUAAUUUUGAGGAAAUAAUGGAAGUUGCUAAUAUAGCAAAAAAUUGUUUAAAGGUAAGAGGGGAGGAUAGACCUAGUAUGAAGCAAGUAACAAACGAGCUGGAGGGAUUAAGACUUUCAGAAAAACACUCAUUGAAAAAGGUUGAUCCCGACACACAACAGACUAAACACUUGCCAAAUGCACCUACACAUUCUUUGGGAAUUGAUGUUGACAUCGGUAGCUCUUCUAUCAAUACCACUGUUGCGGAUGACAGCAUGAGAAAUCAAGUGGUGAAACCAAUAGAUAAUGAUGCUAGAUAAUUUGUUCACCCUCAUCGAAGGCUAGCAUAGCCUAUCUCUUGUCGACAUUCAUCAUGAUCACCACUCAUCGAUAGCCAUCCCCACUCAUUUUCUCUGGUUGCUUAUUUGCCCCUCACCACGGCCAACUAGUGCUACCUUACUUUCUCUUUCUGGCUCUCAACCCCCUUCUUUCUUCCAAUCCGAUCUCUUCCCAACCCCUAGGUCUCUCUCUCUCUCUCUCUCUCUCUCUCUCUCUCUCUCUCUCUCUCUCUCUCUCUCUCUCUCUCUCUCUCUCUCUCUCUCUCUCUCUAAGAUUCUUCACAUGCUUUCUAGCUUCACCAUCUUUUCUUAUCUCUCUAACCUGAACAAUAACUUUCUAGACGUUCCUCUUUUGGGUUUUCUGCUCAAUGAAAGGAAAUUCGAUCGGUCUCCUUGUAUGCAUGUUUUAAGAUUGAAAGAAUGUGAUCAUCAUAGCUUUAUCAGGCAUGUUCAUGUACGACGUGGUUCAAUGCUGUGAUAUGUAUAUAUUUGAUAUUCUCUUUUGAGUGAUUUCAAUGUAAUGUACGUGUUCUAUCUAUUGAUCCUUAAAGCUUUUCAUGUGAGUAUUUAGUGAAAUGAAUUAUUAGCCUUUUCACACUUUACAAUUAAAGCUUUUAGCUAAAUCCUGUAUUGGAUUUUGUACCAGUACUGGAUUUUAUCUCUAGUGUUCAUGUUUUUGUAGUUUGCUUUUUCCUUGGCGAAGUAGUGGAAUCUAAUUAAUUAGGUAAUUGCCUUAUUUAAGGGUUCAUAAUUAAUUUAUAUAUAUUCCAAUAGAGCAUGAAUAUUUCAUACUUAUAAUAUACGAGUCAAUUGAUCGAGAAAGGGCGCUUGCCGCUUUGGAGUGGUCCCGCCCCUAGCUAGUAGAUACUCCAUGAGUAAGGCACGAUAAAAGUUACGCUCUAUACGUGCAUGCGACCACCGCCAGUGCCUACCAUUGGCCUACUAUGAAUUUAUAAGUAUUUGAGAAACCUAUAUGUUGAAGAUCUGUCAAGUUUUGUUUUUUUUUUUUUUUUUAAGUGAAUGGGUGUAUAUGAAGAUGUCGUUUAUGGAGCACGACAUUGCCCUUUUCAUUAUAUUUGUAUUUCAGUAAUGGCAUUUUUGUAAAUAUUUGAUUAAUGGCAAAUUUGUAAAUAUGUAUUUCUAUAUAAGGCAAGUGUGCCUUCGUGAAUCAAUGAGUGCAAGUUACUUUACUAAAUUGAAGCCACAAUCCUGGAAAAGAAACAGAAGGGGUUUUCAAACCCUAGUCUUACCAAAAUCAAAUUGGAGCUUGAGGAGAAGAUUAAGUCUGUUUUAUGGUAUGGUUUCGUUAGAGGAUAAUACGAUGAAGUCAAUCCAUAUGUUGUGCGGUGAUCAACGGUUGUAAGUGAUUGUAAACUCAAGUUUUGAUGCAUUCUUCAAUAAUAAAGGUUCCUAGAC